AUGGAGUCCCAGAUCCCCAAUUAUCUUAAUUUGCCGCCACAGCUUAUAUGCCAACUGCAUAAUGUGACGAUGCAUGCUGAUGCAGAGACAGAUGAGCAAGAACUGAAGGACCUAUAUUUACCUGCAGAAUUAGGUUCGGCCAAUAAACAGCCAACAAACUAUUUCUGCAAAACAUUAACAGCAAGUGACACAAGAAACAUUAGUUGUGGGUUCUCUGUUCCCUGUCGAGCAGCUAGGAAAGUGUUUCUUCCACUGGAUUUCACCCAGCAACCUCCAUGCCAGGAGUUGAUGGCAAAAGAUCUUCAUGGCAAUGAGUGGAAAUUCCGUCACAUCUUUCGUGGUCAGCCAAAGCGGCAUCUUCUAACUACAGGCUGGAGUGUCUUUGUAAGUGCAAAGAGACUCGUUGCUGGUGACUCUGUCCUUUUUAUCUGGAAUGACAAUAACCAGCUUCUGCUGGGAAUUCGUUGGGCAAAUCGGCCACAAACUGUCAUGCCGUCUUCUGUCUUAUGCAUAUGCAUAUCGGUCUUCUUGCUGCAGCUGCUCAUGCUGCUUCGACAAAUAGCUGGUUUACAAUUUUCUACAACCCAAGGGCAAGCCCUUCAGAGUUUGUCAUACCGCUUGCAAAUCAUAGGUGGUAUUAGCAGUCUAACCAGAUCAAAUACAUUCAAUUCCAGAUACAUGGGGACAAUUACGGGAAUCGGUGAUCUUGAUUCUGUUCGGUGGCCAAAUUCACACUGGCGUUCUGUUAAGGUUGUCUGGGAUGACUCAACUGCUGGUGAGAGACAGCCAAGGGUGUCACAAUGGGAGAUUGAGCCCCUAACAACUUUCCCAAUGUAUCCAUCUCCUUCUCCGCUCAGGCUCAAGCGUCUACGGCCAACAGGCUUGCCUUCUCUGCAUGGUGGGAAGGAUGAUGACCUGGUUCACUCUCUCUUGUGGCUUCGAGAUACCGCAAACCCUGGUCUUCAGUCGUUAAAUUUUGGUGGAUUUGGUAUGAACCCUUGGAUGCAGCCAAGGCUGGAUGCUUCAUUACUUGGUCUGCAACCUGACUUGUAUCAGGCGAUGGCCACAGCUGCUUUUCAGGAUCCAACAAAGCAGGCAUUACCCACAAUGCUGCAGUUCCAGCAGCAACAGAACAUAGUUGGUCGGGCCACGCCACUUCUUUCAAGUCAGAUUCGGGGUCAAUCUGAGUUCCUCAAACAGCAGAUCCAACGCAGCCAGUCAUUCAAUGAGCAGAAGCCCCAGCUGCAACCUCAGCAACAACAACAAGAAUCACAGCAGCAGCAGCAAUCACAGUGUCUGCAAGUUCAUCAACAUCAACAAAUGCAACAACAGAACAUGACCAACUACCAGUCUGUAUCUAAUGCAUUAUCAGCGUUUUCUCAGCUGUCGUCAGCCUCUCAGUCUUCACCUAUGGCACUGCAAACUAUAUUACCAUUCUCACAGGCACAGAGAUUUACAGACACAAAUGUAAGCUCAUUGUGCUCUUCACGGUUGCCUCUGGACAGCAUAACGGAGGAUGCGCCAUGGACUUCAAGAGGAAAAAGCUUGCGCCUCGUGUGA